CUCUACCCAGCAUUCCUCGGGAGCGCGGAGGACAGAAAAAGACGGAGCACCGAGGAAGAGGAUGCGGCUGGAUAUGCAGUCGGAGCAUCACACGCCUCCGACGGACACAGAGAUGCACGCGGAGGAGGUUUAAGCAGCCGCUCUCUCUGCCUCUGUCCCAGCCUCAGACAUGGAUUACACGGUCGUCUUUGCCGCCUUGGAGCGAGUGUGUGAGGACAACAUCUCCGUCUUGAGUGGCCCCUCCGACUCGCCGUAUGGCCCGGCCACCGACCGCCUGGUGGCUUGCAUGAAGGAGAUCCAGGAACACGGCCGAGCCCUGGAGCCGGUAGUGGCCAGCUUCACCGCCGUCUACCACCACUACGACCUCGACGAGCAAACGCCCGGCAACGGCUACCGCACCCUGGUGAAGAUCCUUCACUCCUGCCUUCUGUACAUCAUCCACAAGGGCCGCUACGUGGCCUCCAACUACAGCGGGGCCUUCUUCCGGGCCGAGCACAAUGCCUCGGAGCUGGAGGCGUACUGCGGCGCCCUGUGCCAGCUGAGGGCCAUGCUGCACCUGGCCCAGGGGCUCCUCGGCAGCAACGAGCACGGCCAGCUGUUCGCCAUGCAGGACGGCGAGCUGAGCCACAGGUUCGUGCAGGAGUACAACUCCAUGCACAAGGCCUGCUUCUACGGCCGCUGCCUGGGCUUCCAGUUCUCGCCGGCCCUCCGUCCGUUCUUCCAGACCAUCGUUAUCAGCAUGGUUUCAUACGGUGAGACGUACGGGAAGCAGGAGACGGGGGUCGGUAUGGCAGCCCUCUCUCUCCUCACAUCAGGGAAGUACGUCAUCGACCCGGAGCUCAGGGGGGCCGAGUUCGAGCGCAUCACCCAGAACCUGGACCUGCAGUUCUGGAAGUCCUUCUGGAACGUCACAGAGUCUGACAUUUUAUCAGGCUUCACCAAGCUGGCCUCCACCCCCGUGCAGGUGAACUUCACCCUGACCGUGCCUCCGGUUACCCUGCGCCUCCCGCUGGCCUCGGACCCCCGGCUGUCCACCACCGUGUCGCCCCCCGUGGCCCACUGGGGCCCCGGACCCGUCCUCAUGAGACUGGUCUCCUACGAGCUCCGAGAGGGACAGGACAGUGAAGAGCUGCUAGCGUUUUCUCGCGGCGACCCCGGCCCCGUGGCGACACCCCGUCUCCCGUGGCGACAGAAGCAGCCUCGCUCCCCCUGGCUGCUCAUCCAUUUCCACGGAGGAGGCUUCGUGGCCCAGACGUCCCGGUCCCACGAGCAUUACCUCCGGAGCUGGUCCAAGGAGCUCGGCGUUCCCAUCCUCUCCGUCGACUACUCGCUGUCACCUGAGGCUCCUUUUCCCCGAGCUCUGGAGGAGUGUUUCUACGCCUACAGCUGGGCGCUGAACAACUGUCACCUGCUGGGCUCCACUGCAGAGCGGGUCUGUCUGGCCGGGGACAGCGCCGGAGGAAACCUCUGCAUCACAGUCUCCAUGAGGGCCUUGGCCUACGGGAUCCGGGUCCCAGACGGCAUCAUGGCCGCCUACCCCGCCACCCUGCUCACCACCGACGCCUCGCCCGCCCGCCUGCUCACCCUCAUCGACCCCCUGCUGCCCUUAAGUGUCCUGGCCAAGUGCCUCAGCGCCUAUGCAGGAGACGACUUCCAGACGCUGCAGCCGGUGCGGAGGCAUGGCAGCCUGAGCGCUCUGGGCAGAGACACGGCCAUGCUGCUCGGCGACCUCACCCAGGGGGCCUCCAGCUGGCUCCAGUCCUUCCUGGACCCCAGCCGGGUCCCCAGCCGGGUCCGGCGGGGCACCAGGUCCCUGAGCGAGUCCUGCGCGGCGUCCGCCGGCACCGCGGCGUCCGCCGGCACCGCGGCGGCAGACUCUGAGGACCAGAUCCACUACCCGGACGGCUUCAGGCCCCUGCGCUCCGAGUCCCCGGCGUUCGUCCGGCCCACGCCGUCCCCGGUGGUCCGGAACCCGUUCGUGUCGCCCUUGCUGGCCCCGGCCAGCCUGCUGAGAGGCCUGCCGCCAGUUCACAUCGUGGCCCCAGCGCUGGACGCCCUGCUGGACGACUCGGUCAUGUUCGCCAAGAAGCUGCGGGCGCUGGGCCAGCGGGUGACGCUGACGGUGGUGGAGGACCUGCCGCACGGCUUCCUCAGCCUGGCGCAGAUCUGCAGAGAGACGCAGUCAGCCGUCGACGUCUGCAUGGAGCGGAUGAGGGAGGUCUUCCAGUCAGGGGACCCCCCGGGACCGGGUCCCACCCGACCGGGUCCCACCCAACCGGGUCCCAACGGACCGAGUCCCACCCGACCGUAACCGGCGGAUCGGGCUGAUGCUCCAUUCAGAGGCGACGGAGAGAACAAAUCAGGGGGGAUGGUGCACAUUCAUGUGUAAAAGUUAGUCCCCCCUCUUUUCAUACACAUCCAGGGUUUCGAGUCUGAAGUGGUUCUGGUCCCGAGUGAACCGACAAACUACACACAUCUUUUUUCACCUUGCUAUUAUUUAUUCAACAACAAAGAAGGGCAAUGCUAAGUACCCCAUGAUUCUGUACGUCCGGAGCUUUUAGCAGCAGCGAGGGAUGAAACUGAUCCAGCCUACUGAGGCCCGGCGAUCUGAGACCUGACAGGAGGAACUCCAGGGUCGCCAGGAGGGAAGGAAGCUGCUUCAACCACGUCCUUGAAUCCCCGGGGCGGGGUUCAGGAGGCCGGGGGGCCGACCAAUCACCAGCAUGAGGCGACACAAGAAAGAUAGAGCCAGGUUUACGGUCGUAACGGCCAUGUAACACUCGCUCUGGGGCUUGCAGGCUCUGAAAUGCAGAUCUGGGGGGUUCAGGGGGGGCUAUUGUACAGAAAUGUGGCAGAGAAUCCACUACUGGGAAGAUUGACAAUAGCCCUGUGUUGAGAAAAUCAAUUUUCCAAUUCUAAAUCGAUUCUGAUAUUAAUUCCUAAAAAUCGAUUCGUAUGUCUAAAGAUCGAUUUUUUUGGUAUUUUUUUGUUUAUGCCCAAAAAAGGAAUGUUUUGUUGGACACAAGAAUAACUGGUGCCAUGUUUUUGCCUUUAAAUAUGUUUAAAGGUAUGAAAACAUUAAAGUUUUCAGUUAUAAUUGCAUAAAUAGUCUAUAUUUCAUUACUUUAUACUGUCUUGGGGUUACAUUUGCAUAAAAUGCUAAAAACCAAAUUCUCAAAAAUUUAAAAACCGAAAUAGACAGAAAAUGAAAAAAAUUUAAACGGGACGUGGGAAAAAAUAAAACUGAUUUCAUACGUCUCUGUUUCCUCCCUGGAUCUGUUUGGUAAUUCUGCCCCACGAUGUUUCUGAAAGCAGUUCUAUCAGCAUUCUGGGAGCUGAUUGGUCCUUACAGCAUCAUUAGCUGCCAAUACUUGCUAUUGAAUCUCAAUAUAAUACUAGUAUUAAUAUGUUACAUAACUAUAGUCAUAUAAUUCAUGCAACAGCUCAAAAAACUGUUUUAAUAACACUAACCCAAAUCAAUAUCAGAAUCGAAUCGGAUCGAAUCGAAUCAAAUCGUGAUAAUCGAUUCUGAAUCUUAAGAAUCGGAAUUGAAUCAAUUCUUGACAUUUGAAUCGAUCCCCAGCCCUAAUUGACAACUGUCUUCCGCUUUUUUUCAGUUUUAAAAUUGUUUUAUCACCUUUUUCCAGAUUCAUGUGCUGCUGCUUCUCUAAGACAUUGCUGAUGUCUUUCUCUCCUGGCAUUGUGUUAACACACCUGAAUGCUCCAGAAUCUGCUUUCAUAGAGCCCACUUAGAUCCCACGGGUGCAGUGGGGGGGGUACUUAGUAUUGACCGGCCUUUUCUAACUCCUUUUUAUUCAAUAAAAACUUUGACGGUGAAAAAGGUUGAAUGUUGUAAAGAAAUAGAGGAUUAAAA